AAAAUAUAGAAAGGAAAGAGAAGAAUAUUUUGUGAUAAUAUAUCAAAAAAUUAUAUUUUCAUUUAAAAAGGUCCAGAUUUCUGCUCGCUAUAGCUCGGGUCGGGAAUUCGAUAAGAAAUUUUCGCACAUGCAGAUGUAUGUAAGUGCCCCUCACUUUUUUUUUGGGGGGGGGCUCCUAAUUGACUCCCUCUUAAUUGCCCCUCUCGUACAAUACCAGAAAUGAAGGUUUAAGACAGCCUCACGCCAGGAUUAAUAUACUUAGUUUGUUUUUUAUCUUCGAGAAUUUGCGUGGGGUAUGUUUGAGAAUAUUUUUUUCUUUGAGCUUUGGAAAAACUGUGGCCACCACAACAUUAACAGCGCGCAUUUUUCUUUUUUUCGCACAUGCGCUGUUGUAACUAGAAUACCAACACAACACGGGAUCGGGAUCAAUUUCGAUAACCACAGCUACACUACGUUCAGAAGCGACCUGGACAGUCUGGACUGACUAAUGAGGAAAAUGAGUACUUCAUUUGGAGACCCUACAUGUACAUGUAGCCACUUGGAGCAGCUCAAACUUCUCUGUAGAUUAUGUGGUGAAAGGAUCAGAAAAAGAAAAAAUCGUGGGGAAUAUUCGGUUGAGAAAUACAAGGAUACUUUAGCCAAGCUUGGAAUCGAUGUUGCUCAUGAUGACCCAAAUAUACAUCCACCGUCAUUUUGCCAUUUGUGCUGUAAUGAAACAAAUGCCACCAGAGUUAUUUGUGGGAUGGGGAGAGAAAGGAGGGCUAAGUGGAAGGUUGUUUGGAACAAGCACACCGAUGAUGGCACAUGUCUGUCUUGCAUAAAGGCAGAAAACUCGAAAAAGCCAGGACGUCCCAAGCGGAUAAAAAAUGGUGGGAGACCACGUUUUGACCCAGUUGUUGCAGAUAAAAGGCAGAAGAAUCAGACUAGAAUGCCUCUGCCACCCCUAACGGCCAUGACCCUUCGAUCGGGACGGAAAACUCGGGCAACAGAAGAAAUUAAGAAUUGCCCUACAGUAACCCCAACUGCACCGAUCUCAAUUGCACUAGUCAUAAACCCUUCAAAAGCUGUGUAUCCCAAAUUUCGGAUAUUAGCAUCUAAGGGUGCACAUGAAAGCAAAACUCAAGUUUUUGGGACCUCGUCGGCAAACACAGAGGUUGGGCGGGAACCUCAAGAGCUACGUCGCUUUGUCCUACCCGCAACCUUGGAAAAAAAUAUACAAAUCAAUGCUUUCCAGAAUCAUGAUGCAGAGAUCAAAUGCAAGAAGUGCCAGAAAAUGAUCCCGCUUGUUAACAUUGAUGAGCAUGAAUUUGAAUGUGUAACACCAUCACUCGCCCUACGUGACCAUAACUACACGUUUCAUGAGGAGAAAAACAGAAGAGGAAGGAGAAAAGGAAAAGAUGAUUCUGGAGAUCAGAUGCCUGAAGCUCUAGAAGAGGAGCCUUUGACAGAUAUGGUCCUGAUAGAGAGGUCUGUAUUAGAGGAGUUGGAGAGGCGAGCUAAAAGAAAUAUGCAAGAUUGACAAUGUUUUCUGCUUGGUGUACAUGUACUUGGUUUGUCUAGUGGAACAAUUACAUGAUAAUGGAAAGGCAACUCUCUGCAUUUGUAAAGUCCAGAUCUCAACUUGUGGGUGAUUGAAUAUUUGUGGAUUCAGGAACAUUGAUUAAAGGCAGUGGAAACUGAAGUAGCUGUGUGCCUUUGAAGACAGCUGGGAGAUACCUUCCAUUAUGCUGGAUCUAAAAUGAGUUCUUCAGUUGGAGACCCGAGCCACUUGGAGCUGCUCAAACUUCUCUGUAGAUUAUGUGGCGAAAGGAUCAGAAGAAAGCAUGGGGAAUUUUCAGUUGGGAAAUACAAGGAUACUUUAGCCAAGCUUGGAAUUGAUGUUGCUCAUGAUGAUCCAAAUGUACAUCCACCGUCAUUUUGCCAUUUGUGCUGUAUUGAAACAAAUGCCACCAGAGUCGCUUGUGGCAAGGGGAAAAAAAGAAGGGAUAAGUGGAAGGUUGUUUGGAACAAGCACACCGACGAUGGCACAUGUCUGUCAUGUACAAAGGCAGAAAACUCUAAGAAGGCAGGACGUCCCAAGCGGAUCAUAAGAAGUGGGAGACCACGUUUGGACCCAGCCGUUGCAGAAGAAAGGCAGAAGAACCAGACAAGAAUGCCUCCGCCACCCCCAACGGUCAUGACCCUCCGAUCAGGACGGAAAACUCGGGCAACAGAAGAAGUUCAAAAUUGCCCUACAUCAACUGCAGCAACCGAAACUGCACCAAUCUCUGUUGCACCAGUUGUUAAUCCUCCAAAAUUUGAGUAUCCCAAGUUUCGAAAAUUAGCACCAAAGGGUGCACAUGAAGGUGAAACUCCAAUUACUGGGACCCCGUCGGCACUGUUACAUACCACAGUGUCACAAAGAACUCAGGGCAUGGAGGCCACACCUUUUCCACAAUCUCAGAAUUGCAUGUAUGUUCAGUCAUUAAGUGGAAUGCAGACACCAUUGGCAUUGAAUAUAAACCCACAGAAUCAGGCAAAUAUACCUUCACUUGCCCCUUCUUUGUAUUUGAUUCCUGGUACCAGCGGCAUUCAGGGUCUUCCCUCUACUCCACUCCAGACACUAAAUGGAAUACCAAUCAUCCAGUCACUCCAGCAACCAUUACUUAAUCCUGUGGUGCAAACGGCAGGAGUCAUUCCAAAUUUACUUACCUUUGUUCAGCCUUCAGGGAUUCUCUGCCCUUUGCCAGCUGUCCAUCCUAUUCCUAUUCAGCCACUGCAUAGUAACCCUUUAGCAGACAAACUAGAAGGAUCUUCAGCAGUCCCUAUAACUUCUUCCAAUGCUAAGCUUUCAGAGACGUCGCCAAAUACAAAUGAGGCAAGUGACGAACUCUCAGACAUCAGUCUGUCUUCUUUUGCUGAGGUUUUAGAGACAUCUGCCGAAAAUUUGGGUGAAUCAGUUGAAGAUGUUUUACCAAGCUCAAACACACAGGUUGAUCGGGAACCUCAAGAGCUACGUCGCUUUGUCCUACCCUCAUCCUUGGAAAAAACCAUACAAAUCAACGCUUUCCAGAAUCAUGAUGCAGAGAUCAAAUGCAAGAAGUGCCAGAAAAUGAUCCCGCUUGUCAAUAUUGAUGAGCAUGAAUUUGAAUGUGUAACACCAUCACUUGCCCUACAUGACCAUAACUACAUGUUUCAUGAGGACAAAGAAAGAAGAGGAAGGAGAAAAAGAAAAGAUGAUUCUGGAGAUCAGAUGCCUGAAGAUCAAGAAGAGGAGCCUUUGACAGAUAUGGUCCUGAUAGAGAGGUCUGUAUUAGAGGAGUUGGAGCGACGAGCCAAAAGAAAUAUGCAAAAUUGACAAUAUAUUCUGCUUGGUGUACUUGGUUUGUCGAGUGGAAAACGAAUCAUGAAAAAACAACUCUCUGCAUUUAAGUCCAGACCUCAAUAAAAUGAUAAAAGACAGUGGAAACUGAAGUAGCCGUGUGCCAUUGAAGACAACCAGGAGAAUCCUUCCAUUAUGCUGGUUCCAAGAUGAGCACCUCAGGUGGAGGCUCCUGCCAUGCAGACUUUCUCAAAGUUCUUUGUAGGUUAUGCGGUGAAAGGAUCAGACAUAACCGUGGAUGGGCUUAUCUGAGAUACAAGAAUAUCCUUGCCAAACUGGGACUUGACCCUGCUUGUGAAGACCCUGAUAUACACCCAGAAUUUGUUUGCCUUGGAUGUCAUUUAAGACUUUUUUAUAAGAAAGGGAAGGCAGCGAAAACUUACGGGGAAAUAACUUGGGAAAGGCACAGCGAUGAUGGUGCAUGCCAAACGUGCAAGAAGGGGGAAAGUGCUCAGAGAUCUGGACGUCCAAAGAAAAAGAUACGCACUGGAAGACCACGUUUGGACCCAAAGGUUGCAGAAGAAAGGAGAAAGAAUCGGAUAAGGAUACCACUCCCAUCUCCCACAGUCAUGACCACCCGAUCACGGCAGAAAGCCCAGAAAAUAGCAGUAAAGGCCUCAACCUCAACUGCUCCUGGUUUAAAUUUUCAAAAAGUUGGAUGUCCCAAAUUAAGGAAAUUAGCCCCAAAGGGUGCACAAGAAGUUCCCAAUACUCGGACCUCAACAGCAGUAUUUCCUGUCCAUGCUGCAGAUAGCCUUCCUGGCAUCCAGGAAACAUAUUUCUCAUUAGCUCAGAACACUACUCUGACAUCAGGUGGCAUAGAGACACCAAUGGCUUUCCCCCUGCAGAAUCUCCAGAACUCUUCUUGCUUAACCUUACAAGGAGCGCAGCCAUUGAGUGUCAAUCCACUGAUUCAGACAAUUGGACCAUCACUUGCCCCUGCUUCAUAUUUGAUUCCUAGUCCAAGUGGCCUUCAAGGUCUUUCUUGCACUGUCUUGACUCAAAACCCAUUUACGACAUUAAGUGGAGUCCAUCAGGUGCAGAACCCCAUGGGACUUCCUCUGCUCCAGACACCCAACGUAAUACCAAUCAUCCAGUCAAUCCAGCCAUCUCUGUUUAACCCUUUGUUGCAGGCCACAGGACUUGUUCCAAACUUAUUUCCUUUAGUUCAUCCUGCAGGGCCUCUUGGCAUUGUACCAGCUGUUCAACCUUCACUUAACCUGCCAGUGCUUCCAAUCGAUACAACAGAGACAAGUGAAGGAAUUUCCUCAACCACAGGAACCACUACUGUGCCUUGUUCCAUUGCCCAGCCUUUGGAUACAUCUACAAAUGAUUUGGAUGAUGAAUUAAGUGAUGGUAUCGCUGCAAGCCCAAACCCAAACCACUCUACUCCCUGUUCCAUUGUUGAGCCUUUAGAAACAUCUGCAAACAUUUUGGAUGAUGAAUUAAGUAAAGAUAUCUUGGCAAACCCAAGUCCCUCACCAUCUUCCAUAGCUGGACCUUCAGAAGCUUUGCCAAACACAGAAGUUGAUCAGGAACCUCAGGAAUUACCUCGUUUUGUCCUGCCCUCAACUUUAGACAAAACUAUAUGUAUUGAUGCAUUCCAGAAACAUGAUGCCGGGAUCAAGUGCAAGAACUGUCAGAAAAUGAUACCGCUUGUUCAUGUUGAUCAGCAUAAGUUUAAGUGUGUCCCGCCCUCUCUCGCUCUUGGUGAUCAUAACUAUAUGUUCAGUGAAGAGAAAGAUGAAAAAAAGAGAAAAGCGAGAGAACUGAGGAAAAGACUUCUCUCUAAAGAUAAGACGCCCAAGGUUGAAGAGGCGGAACCUGUCUAUGAUCUGGUCUUGAUAAAGAGGUCUUUAUUAGAGAAAUUGGAGGAUGUUAUCAAUGGAAAAUGACCAGUGACAAAAUGGACAUUGCAGGCUUUGCAGCAUGUACUUUAUACGUUCAGUGGAACAACACUAUGUGUAAAAGACAGGCAUUCUGAGUCUAAUUUAGACUUUCCGGAGAAAGGUUUGUGGAUGGAUACUGUUUAAAACCGUCGCAGAAUAUUGGCUCAAGUGACUUUGAAGAAGCAGGAAGAUCAGACAGACACGGAGAGCAGCUCUACAUGUACAUCAUUGUAUUGAACUGGACCUCUUCCUCCAGUCGACUGGUGGAAGAUUCCGCUUUAAAUUGCAGUCACCUGAGCAGCCCAACCUCUAGGAACAAAGAUCAAGUCAUCAAGACUAUCUAUGCCUUGGAUCUGAUGAGUAUACAUGCAUUUUCAUCAGCAUCUUCAUCUCUUAUGAAGGAUUAGAAUUGGAGACGACUGCAGGACUGGUUGUGACAGACCAUUGUCGAGGAUUGCCAAGGCAAGUCUAAUGACGAAUGAGAUUGAGCUGGAUGAAACAGAAG